CUCUCUCAAAAGCACGAAGUGUUCCCACAUCACACAAAACAAGAUUUCAGCACUGUGAACUAAAAUCAUAAAUAAAGCAUACAAAAUGUUGUGCCCAUGGCAGUUUGUAUUCAAACCUCGUGCUGCUAAGAACCACUCCUUUGAAGAGAAGGAUAUCAAUAAUAACGUGGACAAAAACAGGAAGAUCCAUGGCUUAGAAAAUGAUGAUGCCAAGUUAUAUGAUCUGAGCAAGAAGCAGACAGAGAUGCCGCCUAUCAUAACUUCAGCAAAGGCCAGUGACGGGAGAGAGAACCUCCCCCCAAAUGGUAUUAAAGUUUCAAAGCCAAUAUCAAGAUGUCCAAGACAUGUAAAAGUAAGAAACUUGGAAAAUGGAUCUAGCCUUCUCGACACGCUACACCUGACAGCAAAGGAGGUUAUCAAUUGCCGGACCAAAGCCUGCCAAGGGGCACUCAUGACCCCAAAGGGCCUGGUGAGAGGUACUAGAGAUGGGCCAGUUCCACCGGCAGAGCUUUUACCUCAGGCAAUAGACUUUCUCAAGCAGUACUACAAUUCAUUUAAAGAGCCAAAAAUAGAAGAACACCUGGCCCGACUGGAAACAGUGACCAAGGAGAUAGAAACAACAGGAACCUACCAUCUGACAAAGGAUGAACUGAUCUUUGCUGCCAAACAGGCCUGGAGGAAUGCACCUAGGUGUAUUGGGAGAAUCCAGUGGUCCAAUCUACAGGUAUUUGAUGCACGUGAUUGUAAAACAUCAAAGGAAAUGUUUGAGCAUAUCUGUCGUCAUAUUCAGUAUGCCACAAACAAUGGAAAUAUAAGAUCAGCCAUUACUAUCUUCCCCCAGAGGACUGAUGGGAAGCACGAUUUCCGUGUUUGGAACAGCCAGCUCAUCCGAUACGCUGGAUAUCAAAUGCCAGAUGGGUCUAUCGUAGGAGACCCUGCCAGUGUGGAGUUCACACAGUUGUGCAUUGAGCUUGGGUGGAAGCCGAAAUAUGGCCGCUUUGAUGUAGUUCCACUUGUUCUCCAAGCAAACGGCCAAGACCCAGAAAUAUUUGAAUUCCCGCCAGAAAUUGUCCUUGAAGUGCCAAUGGAGCAUCCAAAGUAUGAAUGGUUUAAGGAGUUAGAUCUGAAGUGGUAUGCGCUGCCUGCUGUUGCCAACAUGCUUCUUGAGGUGGGAGGCCUGGAAUUUACUGGGUGUCCUUUCAAUGGCUGGUACAUGGGGACAGAGAUAGGAGUGCGAGACUUCUGUGAUGUGCAGCGAUACAACAUCCUGAAGGAGGUAGGAAGAAGAAUGGGACUGGAAACAAACAAACUUUCAUCGUUAUGGAAAGACCGAGCUGUUGUAGAGAUAAAUGUGGCUGUGCUUUAUAGCUUCCAAAAACAAAAUGUGACUAUCAUGGAUCAUCACUCAGCUGCUGAGUCCUUCAUGAAAUACAUGCAGAAUGAGUACCGUGUGCGAGGAGGCUGCCCGGCUGACUGGGUGUGGAUUGUACCUCCUAUGUCAGGGAGCAUAACCCCUGUGUUCCACCAGGAGAUGUUGAACUAUGUCCUCACUCCCUUCUAUUACUACCAGGUGGAUGCAUGGAAAACACACAUCUGGCAUGAUGAGACACGGAGGCCAAAGAAAAAAGAAAUAAAGUUUAGCAUCUUGGCAAAGGCUGUACUCUUUGCAUCUUCACUCAUGCGACAAACAAUGGCAGCCAGGUCCAAGGUUACUGUAAUCUAUGCAACAGAGACUGGCAAAUCUGAAACACUAGCCAACAAUCUGUGCAGCUUGUUCAAUUGUGCCUUCAACACUAAGAUUCUGUGCAUGGAUGAAUACAACAUCUGUGACCUGGAAAAAGAAACACUUCUUUUAGUGGUUACUAGCACUUUUGGAAAUGGAGAUUCUCCAAACAACGGAAAGACCUUGAAGAACUCCUUGCUCACCCUGAAAUUGCUGAGAAAAAAAAUUAGAUAUGCUGUGUUUGGUUUGGGGUCCAGCAUGUAUCCAGAGUUCUGUGCCUUUGCUCAUGCCGUUGACCGAAAACUGGCCCAACUAGGGGCUUCUCAGCUCACUCCAGUAGGUGAAGGAGAUGAACUCAAUGGGCAAGAAGAAGCCUUUCGCACAUGGGCAGUCAGUGCAUUCAAGACUGCCUGUGACAUUUUUAACAUCCGUGGGAAAAACAGUAUUCAGUUGCCUGAGAUAUAUACCUCUGAUGAAAGCUGGGAUCCUAAGAAUUACAGGAUAGUGCAUGACUCUCAAACCAUGGACUUGGCUAAAGCACUUGCAAACAUUCAUGCCAAGGAUAUAAUUCCCAUGAAGCUGAAAUUCAGACAGAAUCUUCAAAGUUUAAAAUCCAGUCGUGUUACCAUUCUAGUUAAGCUUUCCUGUGAGACUAAUCAGGAAGUGGACUACCUGCCCGGAGAACAUAUUGGGAUUUUCCCAGGCAACCAGCCAGAAUUAGUCCGUGGCCUCAUUGCACGUGUCAAGGAUGCCCCUCCAGCUGAUCAGACUAUCAGACUUGAAACCUGCACUGGUGGCUACUGGACAAGUGACAAAAAGAUUCCAGCCUGCACACUCCCCGAGGCUUUGACAUACUUGCUUGAUAUCACUACUCCACCCUCCCAACAACUGCUAAAAAAACUCUCCCAGCUGGUAACAGCGGAAGCAGACAAACAGAGACUGGAAGUUUUAUGUCAGGUAAAAGAAUACAAUAAAUGGAAGUUUUACAAUAGCCCGAACAUCCUGGAGGUCCUGGAGGAGUUUCCUUCUGCUGAGAUCUCAACAGCUUUCUUACUGACUCAGCUGCCAUUUCUGAAACCCAGGUACUAUUCUGUCAGUUCCUCCUGUGACAUGACACCCAGAGAGAUUCAUCUGACAGUUGCAGUCGUAAAUUACAGGACAAGAGAUGGACAAGGGCCUUUGCACCAUGGAGUUUGCAGCACAUGGCUGAAUACAGUAGAGCUCAAUGAAACAGUCCCAUGCUUUAUACGCAGUGCUAAUGGAUUCCAGCUCCCGGAGGAGCCAACCAAGCCGUGCAUUCUGAUCGGCCCAGGAACAGGAAUCGCUCCCUUCAGAAGUUUCUGGCAGCAGCGUCUCUAUGACUUGGAAAACAAAGGGAUCAAAGGUGGUGACAUGACAUUAUUGUUUGGCUGCCGUCAGCCAGGCAUGGAUCACAUCUACAAAGAAGAAACUGAGGAAAUGAAGAGGAAGGGAGUCCUGAAAGACGUCUAUACAGCUUACUCCAGACAACCUGGCCAAGCUAAAGUCUAUGUUCAAGACAUUCUUCAAAGCAAGUUGGAGACCAAAGUGUGCAACCUCUUGUAUAAGGAGGAGGGGCAUCUGUAUGUCUGUGGAGACGUACGCAUGGCCAAGGAUGUUGCGCAGACUUUGAAAGGGAUGCUUGCAAAAAACCUGAACCUCGAUGAGCAGCAAGCAGAGGAGUAUUUCUUCCAGCUAAAGAGCCAAAAGCGAUACCAUGAAGAUAUAUUUGGGGCUGCAUUCCCGCAUGAAGUCAAAAGAGGUCUAACAGCUUUGCAACCCACAAGUCCAAGAACAAAUCAACUUAUGUUUUAGACAAUACUUGCACAUUUGUUGUUAUUUUCAAAAAACAAGGGGUCAAAUCCUCUUUCUUAUACAUGUUAAAUCAUAUACAUGUAUAUGAUUGUAGGAUUUGACUUUUAAACCUCAGCCUUAAUUAAGAAAAAUAUUAAAUUUAACUUUUGUUGCUAUUUAUUCUGAGACUUCUUUUAAUAGAUUAUCUUAAGAGUGAAGAUGCAAAUUAUUUUUAAUACUGUCUAUGCUAGUAUAAAUCUGCUAUUUUUUGUAAAUAUAAGGAAAACUUAGAGUUUUUUACUACGUAAGCUAGACCUGAAAUCUUUUUUUGAAAUUUAUUGUUUAUGUUUGUGAAUUUAUUUAUAUCAGAUUUUUUUACAGUGCAUAUUAUCUUCACUUUAAAGCAAGUAAAUGGAUGGUUGUGUCACGUGGAAAUGUAC